GACACCAGAGUCCAUGAGAGAGGAGGAGCAGGAGGAGCAGUAGAGGAGCGGAAUGGAGGAGGACAAGCAGAACCCGGAGCACCGGAGCAACAAGGUCCGGAGAAGACAAGCAGCAGGCUCGUCCUCUGAUAGCAGCGAUGUUGAGGAACAGAGAGGAAGAGAGGAACUUAUACAUCACCACUGUGACAAAUCCUUAACAACAUCUGGAUCUUCAAAAAUUCAUCUAAGGAUCCAAACUGGAGAGAAACCAUACAGCUGUGACCAAUGUGAGAAAACAUUUUUUCGCUGCAGUGCCCUCAAAGCCCAUCAACGCAUUCACAUUGAAGGGGAACUGUCCAGUUUUUUCCAAAGUGGGAAGGAUUUCACAAAGUCAGGGACCUCAAGAAAACAAGACAUUGACACAGCAGAGAAACCUUUUAGCUGUGAUCAAUGUGGCAAAGCUUUCACGCGAUCAAGAUACUUGAAAGCCCAUCAACACAGUCACACAGGAGAGAAGUUGUAUAGCUGUGAUCAAUGUGGCAAAACUUUCACGCGAUCAAAAUACUUGAAAGCCCAUCAACACAGUCACACAGGAGAGAAGCCAUACGGCUGUGAGCAAUGUGGGAAAAAGUUUUCCCAUAUCACCUUAAUAUCUCAUAAACAUAUUCACACAGGAGAGAAACCGUACAGCUGUGAUCUAUGUGGCAAAGCCUUUGCAUGGUCAGGGGCCUUGAAAGUCCACCAACGUAUUCAUACAGGAGAGAAACCGUACAGCUGUGAUCUAUGUGGCAAAGCCUUUGCAUGGUCAGGGACCUUAAAAAUCCACCAACGUAUUCACACAGGAGAGAAACCAUACAGCUGUGAUCAAUGUGGCAAAGCCUUUGCACAGUCAGGGGCCUUAAAAGACCACCAACGUAUUCACACAGGAGAGAAACCGUACUGGUGUGAUCAAUGUGGAAGAUUAUUUGCCCGGUGCAGUAAUUUGAGUGCCCAUCAAUGCCGGCAUGCAGGAGAGAACUCGUACAGCUGUGACUAGUGUGAGAAAGUUUUUGUUGAACGGUAUGACCUAAAAAUCCACCAACGUGUUCACACCAGAGAGAACCCGUCCUGAUGUGACCAGUGUUGGUAGUGACAUUAAAGCCCACAAAUGUGUUUUUGGACAUUUUCAGGGCCAGGCAAACAUCUUCCACCUGCUUCCUACUUUUGUCUUUGAUUAUUUUUAUCUGUUUUUUAUUUCAACUGUAACCCUAUGUUGGACCACCAGAUUCCUCCCUGUAGGACUCCCAUGUGUGAGAGCUGACCACAAACUUUUCAAAAUCAAUCAUGCAACUGUCCGGGGCAAUGUUGCAGCUCACAGUGCACCCGACCCUGAAGCGUAUCUCUGCGACUGGUGAGCCCACGGGAUGGUGACUCCAUGUUGAUCUUUGGGACUGUGCCCCACGAGCCCCAUGAGUCAAGUCCAUGUAGAUAUAUAUAGGCUGAUUGACCAAAUAAGCAUUUGAAAACUGAUAUUGAUGCCUCUUACCAUGGCUGUGAUCAAAGUAUUUGCAUCAGCCUGAGACCUCUAUCACAGACAGGCUCUGCAGUCUCAGACGCUGUCCCAGACAGGGGCUCU